AUGGCGGCCGCGGGGCGACUGUGGCUGCUCUACCUGUCGGCGGGGCUCCUGCAGCGGCUCGGCGCCGCCUUCAACUUGGACACCCGCGAGGACAAUGUGAUCGAGAAAACCGGGGACUCCGGGAGCCUCUUCGGCUUCUCGCUGGCCAUGCACUGGCAGCUGCAGCCCGAGGACAAGCGGCUGUUGCUCGUGGGGGCCCCACGGGCAGUGGCCCUUCCGCUGCAGAAGGCCAACAGAACAGGAGGCUUGUACAGCUGCGACAUCACCUCCCGGGGGCCGUGCCCACGGGUUGAAUUUGAUAACGACGCUGACCCUUCAUCGGAAAGCAAGGAAGAUCAGUGGAUGGGGGUCACCGUCCAGAGCCAAGGUCCAGGGGGCAAAGUUGUGACAUGUGCUCAUCGAUAUGAAAAAAGGCAGCAUGUUAAUACAAAACAGGAAUCCCGAGACAUUUUUGGAAGGUGUUACGUCCUAAGUCAGAAUCUCAGGAUUGAAGAUGAUAUGGAUGGAGGAGACUGGAGUUUUUGUGAUGGCCGAUUAAGAGGUCAUGAAAAAUUUGGUUCUUGCCAACAAGGUGUAGCAGCUACUUUUACUAAAGACUUUCAUUACAUUGCGUUUGGAGCCCCAGGCACUUACAACUGGAAAGGGAUUGUUCGCGUAGAGCAAAAGAAUAACACUUUUUUUGACAUGAACAUCUUUGAAGAUGGGCCUUAUGAAGUUGGUGGAGAGACUGACCGUGAUGAAAGUCUAGUUCCUGUUCCUGCUAACAGUUAUUUAGGGUUUUCUUUGGACUCAGGGAAGGGUAUUGUUUCCAAAGAUGAGAUCACUUUUGUAUCUGGUGCUCCUAGAGCCAAUCACAGUGGAGCUGUGGUUUUGCUUAAAAGAGACCUGAAGUCUGCACACCUUCUCCCUGAGCACAUAUUUGAUGGGGAAGGGCUGGCUUCUUCAUUUGGCUAUGAUGUGGCAGUGGUGGACCUUAACAAAGAUGGGUGGCAAGAUAUAGUUAUUGGAGCCCCACAGUAUUUUGAUAGAAGUGGAGAAGUUGGAGGUGCAGCGUAUGUCUACAUUAACCAGCAAGGCAGAUGGAAUAAUGUCAAGCCAAUUCGUCUUAAUGGAACCAAAGAUUCUAUGUUUGGCAUUGCAGUCAAAAAUAUUGGUGAUAUUAAUCAAGAUGGCUACCCAGAUAUUGCAGUUGGAGCACCCUACGACGGUAAGGGGAAGGUUUUUAUCUAUCACGGAUCUGCGAACGGAAUAAAUACCAAACCAACACAGAUUCUCGAGGGUAAAUCACCUUUUUUUGGAUAUUCAAUUGCCGGAAACAUGGACCUUGAUAGAAAUUCCUACCCCGAUGUUGCUGUUGGUUCCCUCUCAGAUUCAGUAACUAUUUUCAGAUCCCGGCCUGUGAUUAAUAUUCAGCAAACCAUCACAGUUACACCUAACAGAAUUGAUCUCCAUCAGAAAAUGCCCUGCGGGGCGCCUAGCGGGAUAUGCCUGAAGGUUAAGGCCUGUUUUGAAUAUACUGCCAAACCCACUCGUUACAAUCCUUCAAUAACCAUUGCGGGCACGCUGGAGGCUGAAAAGGAAAGAAGAAAAUCUGGGCUGUCAUCAAGAGUUCAGUUUCGAAACCACGGUUCUGAGCCCAAAUAUACGCAGGCGCUCACUCUGAGCAGGCAGAAGCAGAAGGCGUGCAUGGAGGAAACCCUCUGGCUCCAGGAAAAUAUCAGAGAUAAACUGCGUCCCAUCCCCAUAACAGCUUCAGUAGAGAUCCAAGAGCCGAGCCCUCGGAGGCGAGUGAAUUCGCUUCCAGAAGUUCUUCCAAUUCUGAAUUCAAACGAACCCAAGUCUGUUCAUACAGAUGUGCACUUCUUAAAAGAGGGAUGUGGAGACGACAACGUAUGUAACAGCAACCUUAAACUAGAAUAUAAAUUUUGUACCCGAGAAGGAAAUCAAGACAAAUUUUCUUAUUUACCAAUUCAAAAAGGUGUACCAGAACUAGUUCUAAAAGAUCAGAAGGACAUUGCUUUAGAAAUAACAGUGACAAACAGCCCUUCCAACCCAAAGAAUCCCGCCAAAGAUGGUGAUGACGCUCACGAAGCUAAACUCAUCGCCACUUUUCCGGACACUUUGACUUAUUCUGCAUAUAGAGAACUGAGGGCUUUCCCUGAGAAACAGUUGAGUUGUGUUGCAAACCAGAACGGCUCACAAGCAGACUGUGAGCUUGGGAACCCUUUUAAAAGAAAUUCCAGUGUUACUUUUUAUUUAAUUUUAAGUACAACUGAGAUCACCUUUGACACCACAGAUCUGGAUAUUAAUCUGAAGUUGGAAACAACAAGCAAUCAAGAUAAUUUGGCUUCAAUUACAGCUACAGCAAGAGUGGUUAUUGAACUGCUGUUAUCGGUCUCCGGAGUUGCUAAACCUUCCCAGGUGUAUUUUGGAGGUACAGUCAUUGGUGAGCAAGCUAUGAGAUCUGAAGAGGAAGUGGGAAGUUUAAUUGAGUUUGAGUUCAGGGUGAUUAACUUGGGCAAACCUCUUAAAAACCUCGGCACAGCAACCUUGAAUAUCCAGUGGCCAAAAGAAGUUAGCAAUGGCAAAUGGUUGCUUUAUUUGGUGAAAGUAGAAUCCAAAGGAUUGGAAAAGAUAGCUUGUCAGCCACAAAAUGAAAUAAACUUCCUGAAACUAAAGGAGGCUCACAACUCAAGAAAGAAACGAGAAAUUGCUGAAAGACAGACAGACGAUGGUAGAAAACUUUCUUUAUUUGCCGAAAGAAAAUACCAGACCCUUAACUGCAGUGUGAACGUGAACUGUGUGAAUAUCCAGUGCCCGCUCCGAGGGCUGGAUAGCAAGGCCUCUGUGGUUCUGCGCUCGAGGCUCUGGAACAGCACGUUUCUGGAGGAGUACUCCAAGAUGAACUACCUGGACAUUCUCGUGCGGGCUUCCAUUGAUGUAACUGCUGCCACCGAGAAUAUUAAGCUGCCCAAUGCAGGCACUCAGGUUCGUGUGACGGUGUUUCCCUCAAAGACUGUAGCUCAAUAUUCAGGAGUACCUUGGUGGAUCAUCCUAGUGGCUAUUCUUGCUGGGAUUUUGAUGCUUGCUCUAUUAGUAUUUUUACUAUGGAAGUGUGGUUUCUUCAAGAGAAAUAAGAAAGAUCAUUCCCCGCCCCCCCACCAUGCUGUAAGGAUCCGGAAAGAGGAGCGAGAGAUCCAAGAUGAAAAAUAUAAUGAUAACCUUGAAAAAAAACAGUGGAUCACAAGGUGGAAUGAAAAUGAAAGCUACUCCUAG